UAGAAGGUCUAUACCGGAAAUGCUGUUAUGUAUUGUAGCGAGUUUCACUCAUCUUCCCGUUGACCCUCCUCCCUUUUUUAGCCUGACUUUGUUGUUUUCUCUGUUCAAAGAAAGGAGAGCGAGGGGUUGCAGGGAUACUGCUGUUGUUGACAGCAUGUGGACGUUUUUCUAUCUAUUGUUUGAAUCGUGAAUGAUUCGUGAGUACGUAUGGAUACAGUCGGUGGGGACAAUUGGCGGAGACGCACGAGGAGCGCGCGAGCCUACAAACAAGCCGUAGCACGAGCUGACGAGUCCAGUGUGCUGCGGAGUCUGAGCGUUGGAAACACGGAAGACGGCCAUGACAUGGAGGAAGACAUCGGCCUCUUCAAGCAGGACAAUCUGGAGCGCAGGGUCAUGGCGCCCCGCUACAGCCUGCUGCGGGAGGUGGGAAGGGGCACAUACGGCGUGGUGUACGAAGCGGUGGCCCGGAGGACCGGUGCGAAAGUUGCCGUGAAGAAACUGCGAUGCGACGCGCCGGAAAACGUAGAGCUCGCCUUGCAGGAGUUCUGGGCGCUGGCGAGUCUGGAAAAACGGCAUCAAAAUGUGGUGCAACUGGAAGAGUGUGUGCUACAGAGGAACGGUAUGGCCCAGAAAAUGAGUCAUGGGAACAAAAGGUCCAAACAGUACCUGCGUCUGGUGGAGACUUCACUAAAAGGUGAGAGAAUGCUUGGUCCUCCAGAGGAGUCUUGUUACCUCUGGUUUAUCAUGGAGUUCUGCGAAGGCGGCGACCUCAACCAGUUCAUCCUGUCUCGGCGGCCCGACUCACAAACCAACAACAGCUUUAUGCUGCAGCUGACCAGCGCCGUUGCUUUCCUGCAUGAAAACAACAUUGUCCACAGAGACCUCAAACCUGACAACAUCCUCAUUUCAGAGAAGUCAGGGACUCCAAUUCUCAAGGUGGCCGACUUUGGCCUGAGUAAAGUUUGCGCUGGUUUAGGAAACAGCAACGAGCGUAAAGAAGGCGAAGACAAGAACAAAAACGUUAAUGUCAACAAGUUUUGGUUGUCAUCGGCAUGUGGCUCAGACUUCUAUAUGGCUCCUGAGGUGUGGGAGGGUCAUUACACAGCCAAAGCGGACAUAUUUGCCCUAGGCAUCAUUAUCUGGGCCAUGUUGGAGAGAAUUACUUUCAUUGAUGCUGAGUCUAAGCGGGAGCUGCUGGGUUCUUAUGUGAGACAAGGAGUGGACAUCGUGCCGGUGGGCGAGGCACUGCUGGAGAAUCCAAAGAUGGUACUAAACAUCCCACAGAAACGCAGGUCAUGUAUGUCCGAUGGAGUGAGGAAGCUGCUGCAGGACAUGCUCGCAGUCAACCCUCAGGACCGGCCCGAUGCUUUUGAGCUGCAGGCCAGAAUGGACCAGGUUACGUGUGCUGCAUGACCCUCAACCACAUUGUUUCACAGACUUGUGUUUCUACCGGGAGCUGCUACAUCAGCGAGGGUCUGGCUGCUUUGAGCUGAAGACUGUGAAGAUGAAGGAGAAGCAUAGGAAACUCGUGACUCGUCAAGUUUGGAUGCUGAAAUGGGAUUUUUGUUUUCUUUGAACUUGUUUACAGUGAGGUCAUCUGCCAAUUCAAUAGAGAAUAUUUGUCUUGACCUGCAUAUUAUGAUAAAGCAAGACAACAUUAUUCCUGCUGCUUAGUAGGAAGCUUGAUUAAACGGAUGUAACCAUCCCUUCAUCAAAGAGUAGAGGUCUGGAGAAAUUCCCAUCAGAAAACAUGAUGGUGACACUGCUUAACGAAGGACGGUGCAUUGAUUGACUCUAAAUGUAAGGUGUGUGUGUGUGUGUGUGUGUGUGGGGGUGUGUGUGUGUGUGGGCGAUCGUCUCCAUGUGUCGCGCAUUUUGAUAAUAUUGGAUGAAAACACCAGAUGCCCACUGCUACUGCAAACCUCUCACUUCAAGUGGUGGAGUUUCUGUUGUCUAAAACUUCAGUGGAGUCUGGUCUAAUGUCAGAUGUUUGACUUUGCUGCCAGUUUGGAUUGUAUUCCCCAUGCUGUGGUGGUGGUUGCCACACUAGGGAACGUGUGUUGCCCCAGGGAGAUUUGACGGCUUUAUUUACUGACAAAAAAAAACAAAAACGUGUCAACAUCCUUUUUCUGUUGUUGGGUUUGAAUUUCUCCAGACAUCUGUUGGUUUACAUGGAAGAACACUACACAGGAGUCAUGGUUAGUUAUUAGAAGUGAGUGACUGUAAAAUCUUCUGUCAUAUUAUAAUUUAUAUACACAGUUUCAUAUAUUCAUAUAUACAGCCAGUUUUCUGUAAGUUCAAUUGAGACAGUCUAAUCUU